AUGACUUCCGACAGUCAGCAAGACUCUACCACUAUCAGAUUCCGCCGCAUAGGCCAAGGUUUCUGUGGAUCAGUAUGGGCAGCCGAAGAGGGCACCAUGGCGAUGAAAAGAGAGGAUGGCGGUCCGGGACGGUCUCUUCUCAACGAUUACAAAAUGCACGAACUGGUACUCGACGCUGUCUCAGAGAAGAAGCUCAGUGUGUGCGUUCCACGAUGGCCGAAAUUCGUCAAAAACGACGACCGCUGCUGGUGGAACACCAAUCUCUCCAGCUUCCCAGCCGACUACACUACCUGCAAUGUCCUCUGCAGCGAACGCAUACCACCACUGCCGCAGGAGGUCAGACAUCGCCUCAUCGAUCGAUACUGUCCGCCCGCCUCCGUCUCGACGAUCAAGGCCAACGACGCUGACCGAGACUGCUUGGUACGCCCUUAUCUAGGCCGACGAAAGAUCCAGAACGAAGCCCGGAGAGGACGGAACUUCUUCUCCCUGCGGAACUAUCCCUUGCACCUUAACCAGGCAGAGGACCUCGGGCUUCCUAUUCUGGAGUAUGCGCGUGCCAUGGCCGACACACUCGCCAUAAUGCACUGGAUGGCCAGGAUUGACGCCAAUGAUGUUGAGUUUGUGCUCGGGGGCGUUCGAACGAAAUCGGAUUCGGAACUCGCGAGCGAUCACGGCGAGUACAUACACGACUUUUUGGGAACUCACUCAAUGUGGGUUCUGGACUUUGACUGCUGCAGGCCGAUGACCAUGGACGACGCCGGCAUCGACCAAGCUGCUCGUGCAUUCAUGAGAAACGAUCCCUUCUUCCCCCGCCCGACAACCGGCACAGAAUCCCCGGACAGCACUCUGUGGACUGAGUUUCGAAAUAGAUAUCUCGAGUCCAGUAAGAACAUUGUCCCUGGUUCCUGCUUGGCCUAUCUCAAUUUACCCGGGAAAUUUAUUGCACGGGUUGUGGAAAUGCACGAGCAUGGCACGGACAGAAAGCCGCAGUGA